UGAUGGUAGCUAGCAUCAACGGCUAAGUGCUGCAAUUAUCCUGCGCGCUCUAGCGAAGGAUGACUUUUACUUUGAAAACUCGCUGUGCGUGUGUGUGUGUGUGUUCUAUCAGCACUAACGCCACCACAACUGUAAAUCAAAGCGGAUCUGAAACUCAGGAACUAACAAACACACACAGGACAAUGUCCACUAAUGCAGGCACUGAAGACACAGAGGAAGAUGAUGUUGAAUUUGUGUCUGAGGGUCCUCUUAGGCCUGUUCUGGAGUGCAUCGACCUGCUGAGUGACGGAGAGGAUGAUGCAGGAGUGUGUACGAUUGAGGAGCAGGUGGACAGACAGAAGGCUCAAGCAGCUUCAACCUUGGACAGACUGGCUCGCCAGGUAGCUGUGGAGAAACAGGAGCGGGCAGAAAAAUGCAAAGCCUUUAAGGAGAAGAUGAUCUCGCAGCAAGCUCACGGCCGUCGUGAGUUGGCAGUGAGUCGAUGCAGCAAUGAGGACAGCAGUGAUGCCAAACGCUGCGUGGACAUCUGGCUGAAAAUGCCAGGAUUAAAGCCUGGUAUCCUCAAUACUGGCAUGGGCUGGAGGCGCAGACCUGCUCCCAAUCCCUCCUUAAGGUCCGCCCCUCAAACCUGCCCUGUCAUUAACUGUGGACGGGUAUAUGAAAAUGUCCCUCUGCUUGAGGGUCACCUUAAAAGAUUUGACCACUCUCCGUGUGACCCCACUAUCACGCUUAAGGGCAGCCCUGCUUCUGUGUACGCAUGUGUGGCCUGUGGUCAUCAUUUUGACACCAAAGAGCAUUGGAGAAUGCAUCUGGACUUACAGUUGUCCUCCUCUAAUGCUGGUGGUCAUGACAGCACUCAGACCUGCCAGUUGAUUGUUUGCUUCGCUUGCCCUGCCUGUUUCCUCCUCUUUAACAUCAAAGAUGAGUGUCUCCAGCACAUGACAGCCAAAAACCACUUCACUCAGUCUGUCUGUCUACACGAGAUGAAGUCAUCAGGGCCAAUUCCAGUUCCACGAUAUGCAAAGAACCGACUAAUUGCUUUAUGCAAAGAUAUUGCAUUUAGAGUCAGAUGCACAGCUUGCUCAAAGGUGCUUACUUCACACAUGGAAGCCAAGGCUCACUUCAAUGUGCACUGCAGGCAGGGCUGUGCUAUUGCAGAAGCUGAUCAAAGUGUGGCUGAGGUCAUGAAGCAGCUGAUAGUUUUGAGCCAGUGCUCUUCCUGCUCCAAAAUCUUCCUACGCCAAAGACAGAUAGAGGAACACAGAGAACAAACACAGCACGAGGUGGAGAUGAUCAGCAGCAUGGAGCGAGCACUUCUAGUCUACAGCAACUACAGCGAAAUCCGACACAGCCUCAAGGGUACCGCCAGUCACCCCUCUAAACAUGCCAAUGCAACCAGAUCGUCAUCGCACAGGGAUAAAAGAGACAAAAACGACUGUCUUUGGUCUCCUGCCAAGCGGCAGAGACUCUCCAGCUCGAGUCCUCAAGCUAAGUGUGAUAGAGCCUCGAACCUCGCAUGGUUCUGCGAGUGUGGCCUGCAGUUCAUGGAGGAGGAUCAAGCCAGCAAGCAUCUUUUAGCAGCCAACCAAAUCUUUCACAAGUGUGCCGUCUGUGGCAAGCUAAUGGGUGAAUCGUCCAUCGCUCGUUUGCACAUGAGCAGGUUCCAUGGUGGCGCUCAUCUGUCCAACUUCCUUUUCCACUGCAGACUGUGCAAAUUAGACAUGCCAAGGAUUGAAGAGAUCCUGUCUCAUGUUGGUGUUUCCCAUCAAGGGCACACCUACUAUGAAGAAAGAGAAAAAACAAAAGCUGAAAGCUUGUCUUGUCCUUCUCAGAAACCGUCCACUAGGGUAGACAGCAGGCCAGCUGUUUCCAGUCCACAUGAAGGCAGAAGCAAGGAACGGUGGCUGUGCCGAAUGUGUGAGGACAUAUUUGACUCUGAAGCGGUGGUGCUCAAGCAUUGCAGCGAUGUGACCAGUCACAGCUUCCAGAGGUUCGCUUGUGGCCACUGUCCACAGAAGUUCUUCAAAGAGUCGACGCUCCGCCGGCACUGUGCUAAUGAGCACAAUAAUCAGCUGCUCCUUCGCUACUUCUGUGGACUCUGCGACAGCAUGCUGUAUGACUCUGAGCAGGAGUUCCUAGAGCACUAUGAAAACCUGCACAGCAAGGAUUACUACCACUUGGACAAAAUAGAGAAUGGAUCUCUUUCAGUCCCAGAGAGUUCUGAUGAGGUACCGACAACAAGUAAAAGCCUUCCCCAACUCUGUCCAUGCAUGGGCUCCCAAAAAGCCAAAGAGGAAACCAAGUCCACCUUUACAAGAUGCAUGAAGCAGCUGGCCAUAGAAGGCAAAUGUGGAUACGUCUGUCAGCGAUGCGCAGCCAAGACAGGCUCUUACGCUGAGAUGAAAACACACAUGCACUUGAAGCACGAGGCCCUGGGUAAGGACAAAAGCUUCGAUGUCGUCUGUGAGUCAUGUUCCGAGAGCCACAAGGACGUGCCCAGUUUCCACUCACAUUACCAUGCCCAUCACUGCUUAUUGGAACCGUGUAUGUCCUCUCGAUGUGGUGGAUCAAGCAAGGACGACGCCCCGAUCACGAAGAUUCUGAACGCAGAGGAAAUCUCUGCCGAAAAGAAUGUUGAGGAGUUUCAGGAUGUCAAGAUAGCCAUUGCUUCAACUACCACUUCCAAAGAUAAUCAGGAACACCUUUUGUUUCCUCAGAGGACAUUGACGAGGACAUAAAACUGGCUUUGGCUUUAAGUGCAGAAGAAGCGAAGAAGCCAACAGCAUUUGACCAAGGUGCGUCAAGUUAUUCUUUUGCCUCAAUGUGCACAUAGUUCCUGAAAGUGUACGACUGAGCUUGCAUUCAUUAACCGGGUGUUUAUUUUUGCCAGCUAUAUGUCUCUGAAAAGAAGUACCAGCAUAACUGUGCAAUCAGCUUGGUAAACUCUCACUGGGCUGUUAAAGGGAAAAGAAAGCUUGGGUGAUAAGGGGCACUCUUUGAGGCCUUGAUUACACGGCAUGGUGUUUGGGGCUGUCUGUUAAGUGUCUUAGAUGCACUCUUUAUCUAGCACUCUAUCUAGAGGCAGUUGUGGAAAAUGUAUUUAUACUGAAGAAUUAGUCAAAGUUCAGUCAGAUUGCUAGAACUCAGAUUGGUUAGGAAGUAGAAGUAUAUAUCCAGCUGAUAACAAAAUCAAGCUCAUAGGCUGAGCCAGAUUUUUUGCGACAAACCACCAAAUUUGUAGGUUCUUGGUUCUGAACCACUUCACUGUAGCUUUAUGCUGAGGGUUUUUAUUCUUUUCCGCCCCAGUCUCAAGACUGGACCAGGUUUUCUUUUAGAAUUGCCCUGUAUUUGGUUUCAUCCAUCUACCCUCAAACCUGAUCAGUUUUUUUUUUUAAGUCCCUGCUGAUGAAAGGCAUUUUGACAACAUGAUGCUACCACCAUCAUGUUUCACUUUGAGAUUGGUGUGAUUCUGAGGGUAAGUGCUUGCACCAGGACUAAUUUAGGGGUUUAACAGCAAGAGGGUGAAUUCUGCAUCAAUAUGCGAUCACAAAUUGUUAUUCCCACCACCACCACCACCAAACUUCAAACUAAGUCCAUUUCAGUUCUAGGUUAUAACAAUAAAAAUGUGGUAAAGUUUCAGAGUGAAAACUUAUGCAAGUCAUGGUAGAAAGUGCGAUGGACAGACUGAGUUGACUAAUCAUGGAAAAAUUACUAGCAAACAGGACUUCUAUGUUUCACAAAGGCUAGAGAGGCUUAGCGGCAUGUCAGCCAUUUUCUGUUAAUAACUGCACAUCUCAUCUUAAGAUCAGAAUUAUUUAUAUUAAUCGAGAUUCACUGGUGAAAGAUUCCUGAAAAUAAACUGGAACCUAUAUGAAAUAUUCUCACUGCAUGGUUCAUACAUAGGUUAACUAUUCCUUUUCUCUAUGUCCACCAUUUUGUGUGACCAUUUUGUCCCCACUUGCUAAUUAUUAGAACAGUUUUUUGUCUUUGGUACAUUAAUGCACCCUCUAUUUCCUUCACAUAUAUGACAUGUACAUGGGAAUUACUUGAUAUCUAAUUUUCUUUUCCAAUUUCCUCAUUUUGACAGAGCUGGAAGAGGCUCUGAAGAGAAGCCUGGUGGACUUUUGAUCAGAAGCUACACACAUACACACCAUUUGUCCUUUAUUUUCAUGUUGUUUAUGUAGCGACUGUAAGCUGUUAAAUAUUUUUUUGUGAAUGUGUUCUGAGGAGUAAAUAAAGAAAACUAAGCCUA